GCGGAAAGGACGUCUAUCCAUCCACCUAACUCUCGACAUCACCCCCCCAUCGCCCAGUUACGCUCAGUCGACAGCAAAACUAACAAACCGCAAAUAUGGGCAAGGUUCACGGAUCCCUCGCCCGUGCCGGCAAGGUCAAGUCUCAGACCCCCAAGGUCGAGAAGCAGGAGAAGAAGAAGGUCCCCAAGGGCCGCGCGAAGAAGAGACUCACGUACACUCGCCGUUUCGUGAACGUCCAGCUCACUGGUGGCAAGCGCAAGAUGAACCCCAACCCCGGUGCCGCUUAAACAGCCUCCCACCAACGCAUCGAUCACGGCUCGAGGAACGUCUUGGUAAUGUCAUGAAGACAAGAGGGUUUCGCGCAUCGACGACGGGAAAAGAGGGCGGGGGCUUGUUGGAAAACGAUUCAACGCACGAAGCAGGUAGAGAGUGUGACUUCGGAACGGAAAUCAACGGUCGCAGGGGAUGAUUCUUUUUUCAACGCUCCGUAGAACGGGGGAGCCAAGGUGCGGAUCAAAAGCGAGGUCACACAUAACGUCGCCGCCGCGCUGGGAGCGUUUGGGUCUCGUGGCAUCCACCACGGGCUUUCGGACCUCUCACAGGCAGCUCCUCCGUCCAGCCUCAGAAGGGUUCGGCGUUGGGUUGUCGGCUUUCGGGCCGCUUUUUUGGGAGAUAGGGAUGAAAUGAUCUUUUCCCAA